GUUUCCCGGUGACGCCAGGCAGCCCAUGCGCAGUGGUGCGGCGGCGAUUCUGGGUGACGUCACGGGCCGGGCGUGACGUGCCGGUGGCGCGAGCCGCUGGGAGCUGGCCGGGAUCUGUGCUCCCCCCCUCCCCCUCCCACUACGGGUCGCGGCUGGGGGCGUCCCGGCGGCGGGGACGCGGCUCCCCCCUCCCUCGCCCCAACGCUUCGAUCCAAGAUGGCGGCGCUGAGCAGCGGCAGCAGCGCGGAGGGGGCCUCGCUCUUCAACGGGGACAUGGAGCCCGAGCCGCCGCCGCCCGCGCUUGGCGCCUGCUACGCGGGGGGCAGCGGCGGCAGCGGCGACCCAGCCAUCCCGGAGGAGGUGUGGAAUAUCAAACAGAUGAUUAAAUUAACACAAGAACAUAUAGAGGCACUGCUAGACAAAUUUGGAGGAGAGCAUAACCCACCAUCAAUAUAUUUAGAGGCCUAUGAAGAGUACACCAGCAAACUAGAUGCUCUACAGCAGAGAGAACAGCAGUUACUGGAAUCCAUGGGGAAUGGAACGGAUUUCUCUGUCUCCAGUUCGGCUUCAACAGACACCGUGGCAUCAUCUUCCUCCUCUAGCCUCUCUGUAGCACCUUCAUCCCUUUCAGUUUAUCAAAACCCAUCGGAUAUGUCACGGAAUAACCCUAAGUCUCCACAGAAGCCUAUUGUUAGAGUCUUCCUGCCCAAUAAGCAAAGGACUGUGGUUCCAGCAAGAUGUGGCGUGACAGUGCGAGACAGCCUAAAGAAAGCUCUGAUGAUGAGAGGUCUUAUUCCAGAAUGCUGUGCUGUUUACAGAAUACAAGAUGGAGAGAAGAAACCAAUUGGCUGGGACACUGACAUUUCGUGGCUUACAGGAGAGGAGUUGCAUGUGGAAGUCUUGGAGAAUGUGCCACUCACAACACACAAUUUUGUACGAAAAACAUUCUUCACGUUAGCAUUCUGCGACUUCUGUCGGAAGCUGCUUUUCCAGGGGUUCCGCUGCCAGACGUGUGGCUACAAGUUUCACCAGCGCUGCAGUACAGAAGUGCCACUGAUGUGUGUCAAUUACGACCAACUUGAUUUGCUGUUUGUCUCCAAGUUCUUUGAACAUCAUCCCAUACCACAGGAGGAGGCCUCCUUAGGAGAGACCACCUCAUCAUCUGGAUCGUACUCCUCAGUGCCCCCCUCAGAUUCUGUUGGACCACCAAUUCUCCCUAGUCCUUCUCCUUCAAAAUCCAUUCCAAUCCCACAGCCCCUCCGACCAACAGAUGAAGACCAUCGGAAUCAAUUUGGGCAACGCGACAGAUCCUCCUCUGCUCCCAACGUUCACAUCAAUACAAUCGAGCCAGUCAAUAUUGAUGGUUUGAUUAGAGACCAGGGUUUACGAGGAGAGGGAGGUUCAGCUGCAGGUUUGUCUGCAACACCUCCUGCCUCCUUGCCUGGAUCGCUCACCAAUGUGAAAGCAUUACAGAAAUCACCAGGACCCCAACGGGAAAGGAAAUCAUCCUCAUCCUCAGAAGACAGAAAUAGAAUGAAAACCCUUGGUCGACGGGAUUCAAGUGAUGAUUGGGAAAUACCAGAUGGACAGAUCACAGUUGGGCAAAGGAUAGGAUCUGGAUCAUUUGGAACAGUCUACAAAGGAAAGUGGCAUGGUGAUGUGGCAGUGAAAAUGUUGAAUGUUACAGCACCCACACCUCAACAGUUACAGGCUUUCAAAAAUGAAGUAGGAGUGCUCAGGAAAACAAGGCAUGUGAAUAUCCUGCUUUUCAUGGGUUAUUCAACAAAACCCCAGUUGGCUAUUGUUACACAGUGGUGUGAGGGGUCCAGCUUAUAUCACCAUCUACACAUCAUUGAGACCAAAUUCGAAAUGAUCAAAUUAAUCGAUAUUGCACGACAGACUGCACAAGGCAUGGAUUAUUUGCAUGCCAAGUCAAUCAUCCACAGAGACCUCAAGAGUAAUAAUAUUUUUCUUCAUGAAGACCUCACAGUAAAAAUAGGUGAUUUUGGUCUAGCUACAGUGAAAUCACGAUGGAGCGGAUCCCAUCAGUUUGAACAGUUGUCUGGAUCUAUUCUGUGGAUGGCACCAGAAGUUAUUAGGAUGCAAGAUAAAAACCCAUAUAGCUUUCAGUCGGAUGUGUAUGCAUUUGGAAUUGUUCUUUAUGAACUGAUGACUGGACAGUUACCGUAUUCAAACAUCAACAACAGGGACCAGAUAAUUUUUAUGGUGGGACGAGGAUACCUAUCUCCAGAUCUCAGCAAAGUACGGAGCAACUGUCCAAAAGCUAUGAAGAGGCUAAUGGCAGAAUGCCUAAAAAAGAAAAGAGAUGAGAGACCUCUUUUUCCACAGAUUCUUGCCUCCAUUGAGCUUCUGGCCCGGUCAUUGCCAAAAAUUCACCGCAGUGCAUCUGAGCCCUCGUUAAACCGGGCUGGCUUCCAGACAGAGGAUUUUAGUCUAUAUGCUUGUGCUUCUCCAAAAACGCCCAUCCAAGCAGGGGGAUACGGAGAAUUUGCAGCGUUCAAGUAGCCACAGCACCAUGGCAGCACCCACUCUGUUAUUUAAGUCUUGUGUUCCUACAGUUUCUUAACAUCAAAACUCUAUUCUGCUCCACAAAAACCUAAAGUUACUUAGAAAAGAUAUUCAUAAGCUUAACAGUGGAGCAGAAUGGAACUGCCAGUCCAACACAAUGGGGAAAAGUACCUUUUGGGGAACCAGAAUCCUCCGCUGCCAGUGUUUCUCCUUCAACACAAACCACCACGUGCAUUUGGAGAUCCGCAGUGGCUGCCUGUGCCGUUGGCAUCAUUCCCAGGAGAGAGGAGAGGGAGCUCGUGGUUUGACUGUCGUGCGGGCAUGAGGGGAUGGAACUGCUGCUGCAACUUACGAGACUUGCUUUGGAUGGUCUGCUGGUCGGCUUUUCUCCUCUAACAACAUACCAUCAGAGGCUGAAAAUCUGAUGAGUGCUAGUUUAAAAGAAUCAUCUUCUGUUCUGAUCUCUUUUUUAUUCCUGGUGAACUCACUGAUUUAUGAACAAUGCAGUAUCCCCUUUUCACUAUAUUACAGUGUCAGACACCUAAAUCUGUUUAUGUUAUUUGGUUUAUUCCAGUAAAAUUAAGUGUGGAGGGAUGGGAGCUGGGGAAGAUGUUACUCUAGAGGCAAAGAGAUUAAUCUGAAGGAAAAGGGGAUGCUGCUGCACCUGUUCACAGAUUUACUUUAUCACUUCUUCAAAAAACAACCAACCACCACCAACCUUAACCUUUUUCCUUUUCCAGCAUUUUCUUGGUGUGUGUAUAUACAACAUCUUUUAGAAGGAUUGGGCAGAUCCUUCUUUUGUUGGUCCAGCAAACUGAAGUUUAAAAAAGAAAACAAAAAAACAUGUAGCAAGAUUGUCCUCUCUCUUAAUUUUGUUUCUGUUGUAUCAUGUGAUACAAUGUAUUUCUCAAAGAUGCUACCGCGGCAUCUGACGUCUGUAGUAUUCCUGAUACAGACUGUGAGUGGUGUAUGUACCUACUUUAAAAGUUUUAUUUUAAAUGAGGGUGCAGGUUAAUGCCAGGUACCUUACCAAUAUGUAAUGUUUUCAUAAAUGGAGAAAAAAGUUCUCAGGUUGAAUUGAAUACAAAUCCAAAACCCCCUAGAAUUAGACAUUCCGAAAAUUGUUUUGGUACUUUCAAGAGCUUUUUUUAAAGGAUUUUUAUCCUGUUAACUAAAUGUCCUCUGAUAAGCGUGUGUGUAGAUGUGGAGCAUCUUGUCCUAAUGGCAAGCUAUUAGAUCAAAGCAAAACGGUACUUGCUGGAUCCACGCUGACUACUUUCCUUCUCAUUGAUCUCUUCUCUGUCAUCCCUUCCCUUCCAUUCGUCUUUCCCUUCUGAAGACUUUGCGAACUAGGAUGAAGGUGGCGGUGUCUCUGUUAAAGUGCUUUGUUUUCCUGUCCUCCAAUCCUGCUUUUCAAACGAUUGGGAGCUUUUUGACAAGUUACCCAGUCAAGGAAAAAACAGCUCAUAGAUCUGCACAUCAUUUACCUCUAGUAGAAUACCUUGUGAUGUGAUCUGUUUGCAGAGUUCUCUGGUAUUACAUGUACAUUAUUUGUACAGAGGCAAGUCAGACCACAUUAGGAAGAAAUUCAAGCUCAGACUGAAGCUUUCAGAGUUUGAUUCGUAUCUGCUCUGUACCACUCUGAGUGAGGCAGGAGCACCAAAACCCCUCCAGUGGAAAGGUUCUUGCUGGGUGAAGGUGUGGGCUGUUAAAAGAAAAUAAUCAUGACAAAUAAAUGAAGGAGUUAAAUGUGUGUGAAUGUGGUGUCAGUGCCAAACAUAGAUGUAUUGGGUGAGGACGCUGUUCUUCCCUCCCUACGAGAGCUGGGCUGUUUCUGUCUGUAGAAGGUUGCUCCCAGGCAAAGGGAGAAAUGUGCAUCAGCAGCAGAACGUGCUUUUAAAACCCUGGAGUUCUGCAGUGUUGCUGGUAGUCUGUUAUGUUUGUCAGUAAAUGUUUACUAGGGUUAUAGGGACCGGACUAACCUGAAGUGGGAAUUAUAACUGAAAUACUGUGUAUUCAUCUUAAUUCCAUAAACAGCAAGGCAGCAAUAGUGAAUGACUUAAUAGUCACUAUAAGAAUGAAGUGGUUCAUGUUGGUACAUGAAUAGAAUUGAUUAUGUGUACAGGAUGCAUUUAAAAAAAAAAAAAAGCACAAUUUUUUUCUUCUCUGCUGUGGAUCUUCAGAUGCUGUAAGGUUUUAUCCUUAUUGAGCUUGGCAGGAAUUUCAAUAGUAGCAAUAGCCACUUUCCACUGUGGAGAAGCUAAUGAGCAAGCAGUGGUUUGCAGACUAGUGAAGUCAGAGCGCUCCCUGGUGAUCAUCUGAGGCCAGCACCUCAGAGGUGGAAGGAUCCUGAGGCCACUGGGGUCCGCAGGCGGGUGAGACCAUUUACAGAUACUUAGUCCUGUAGGUGAGGUAGUCACUGCUCCUUCUCCUUCCAUCCCAUGCACUGCUCCAGCCCCUGUAUGGGCUGUCGCCUGAUUUGUACACGUCAAGCAUACUGGAAAUUAUUCCCCUGAAAGAAACCAUUACUGGAGCAGGUAUGUACAGGUGGUUUAACAGUCAUUUGUUUCACACAGCUUGUUAAAAGCCCUAGUUUCCUUCCACAGAGGUCAUGCUGGCAGGAGAUUGUCUGCUAAAAUAUAACUGUUAGGAAUUUCAUUCUAUCCUUGCUUAAAAUGAACUUACUUUUGUGAAGAUUCAUUACCCAUUAGUCUACAGUAUGCUUCUUGAGCCCGUAGGAAAAGCACAAGGAAAAUUGCUGUCCUUGUCCAUGCAAAGCACUUUAUAAGUAACAGAUGAUCUCUGGAGUUUUUUUUUAUUGGGGUUUGUUUGUUUGUAGUUUUGUUUUUCUGGUUGUGUUUGGGUUUUUUGUUUUGGUCUGUUGUUUGUUUUGUUUUUUUUUCCCUGAGGAAUGUGCAAGUUGUUUGGCUGCUGUUUAGAGAAGUCCUUUCAGGAUGCAUUUCUGCUGGUUUUCAUGAUUGUUCAUUUCCCUCCAGAUAGCUGAUGUGUUUAUCUGUAUGAGGUCCCAUGUAAUACUCAUUCAAAAAUUGGGAAGAAAAUUUGACUUGUAAAUAACUAGGGUUUGGUUUUGGUUGUUUUUUUUUAAUCUUUUUCCUUCAGGAGUUUUUCUGGAUGUCUCACAUGCCAUCAGAACCAGUCUUAAAGGUGCCCCAUAGGCAUCUAGUUAAUGAGGAGGUAAGAGUAGGCAAGAACUGAGUGGCCUGUAUAGAAGUGGGAUGAAGAAAGCAAACUGAAGUGAUCUCUACACUCACAUCUGUUAGAUCAGAUUUGUAAGCUUCUCUGUGGUGUCCUGACAAGCACAGGCCAUAGUAUGGAAAUGUCAGUACAUAUGUUGUGUUUGCAUGUUGGGAUGGAUACCGAGACAGUCACACUGCCUUUAGCUCUACAGUGUCUAGUAUAUAACAGUUUGCAAAAUUACCAGUAUCCAGUCCCAGCUAUUUAUGUUUUUAUUAACCACACAUAUACCUUCUCUGCCUGCCCUUUUCCACACAGGUAAAGGCCUGUUACCUGUUGCAUCUUCGCUGUCUGUAUGUGAUUGUUUUCUGCAGCAUAUUUGUUGGAGCAAAAACAUUGUAGUGGAGCUUAAAGUCAAAUUACAUGAGUAUAGAGGCCUGGUUAUUUUGAAACUCAUUUCUGCAUUAAUUAAGUUCUAGGUGGCCUCAGAUAAAAUCAGCCCAGUCAUUUAUUUUUUCUGAUAGGCUCAUGCAGGUCAUUAAUUUAAUCCACUUCUGCUUUUCAUGCUUACCUAAAAUCAUGCUUUCUUGUACUAGAAUGCCUUAGCAGCUGAUGAUGAUUCAGAGGCCAAGUGCUGCCAUAUUAUGUCCUCUCAACAUCACAUGGAUUACUAUGUGCUUGGAUGGCCUUUGGGAUGUAAAAUGAGUGAAAUGCUGACUGGAUAGAUACCAUGUCUUUCCACAAAUGCCCAAAUCGGGAAAAAUACACUGAAGAUCACACUUAAAUAGGUUUGCUUCUGUGUUUGCCUAGCGAUCUAAAUGCAUCCAGCAUCCUACAGAGCAUUAGCAGAAGCUUGAUCCCCAGAAACCUCAUGAAUAAGUUCAAGUUGAAGUUUUGGUAGACGAAGGGGCUAAACGUAGGGAAGAAGCAUAUAGACAUUUCACACUUUUCAGCCUGUAGAUUUCAUUCCCUUCUUGACUGUGAGUGCAGCAUGUGUAGCACAAACUAUUCAUAGUACUGUAGACAACAAGUCUUCUGUAGAAAAAAGUAUCACCAGUAGCCCAAUGCAACAGGCAAAGCUUCUAGGUACAGUUAAGUUCGUUUGAAAAGCAGCUGCAUGAGUGGACUGUUGCAACAUAAUUUCGAAGGCAUUGGGUAUUCCUGUUCUCUUACACAUUCUCCACAGAAGCUUAUGAAACAAACUUUCUGUUUACUGCAGCUUUGCUAAGAUGUGUUUGCACUACGUCUUUGUUUUGGCUUGCAUUUUAAGUAUUUUUCUUUGUUGCUUCGUUAUUCCGUACCUAGUAUAGUGACUUACCAGAAGAACAGAGCAAAGUUGUUUUAAACCUUAUUGUUUGUGUUUAAGUUUUAAGGAAGCUAACACAGAAGCUAUUAAGUCAGCACCACAACAGCAGUAAAUGGCUAUGAAAAUGCAGAAGGAAGAAACUUAAACUGCAGAAUAUCGAGUACACCAAAAGCAAACUCUGAUCAAAGCUACCACCUCUCUUUUUCUUUACAAAAGAGAGUUACUGAGCCCCUCUGUUGAAUGGUUUACGUAGGGAUCCCUCAAUCUUUGCAGUUUGCCAAAUGAUCAUGUGCCUUUGCAACCUUAAAAAGUACAACAGAAUGUAAACCAGGUGCUUUGUAACUAGAGCAGUGGUUUGGUUUACUUCUCAUGCAGUAGUUUUGUAUAUAGCUAUUACUGUAGAUAAAUAGUUUGGAGUUGGUAAACUUCUAAAGGAGCAAGAAAGGCAGAGAGUAUUCCCCAGAAUACCUAUGAUCAUUUCAGAGCCAGGAAUUGAAGGAUAUGUAAUUCACUUACAGUGAAUUUCAAUUACAGGUUCAACCUGCUGCUUGAAAUCUGCUCUGUUGAAAGUCAAAUAAGGUUUAGUUUAAAUACAAAUAAGUCCUCCUCGCUUCCAAAGACACAAAGAUCUUGUUAAAGAAAGGUAAUAGAAAGUUCUGAAGAGGCCCGAAAGAGGAAUGAGAUGGUAGAUGAAAAAUGAGAUUUGGAUGAGAAGUUGAUGGCUAAUACUUAUGUAAUCAAAGGCCACAAUUAAUUUCCUGGCCUAGAAAGUGCAAUUUCAUUUUCUGGAAUAUCAGCAGGUUUCCUUAGUUCUUCCUCUGGCUUCUUGCAGUUAUUCUUCAGUGAUCACAUACUGCUACUGCAUGUUAACCAUGGAAGAUGGUAGGUGUCUUGUCAGCUGAGGGAUGAUUGGUGUGAUUGAAUUUGAUUUGUUCAAACUGGUUACACCAACUUCUGUCAGUUUCUACAUACCAAUCUCAUAUUUAACUUGUCUAUAAAGAUCAUAAUAAUGGAUUUUGGUAUUCAUGCUUUUCCAGAUCUUUUCCUUUCCCUCUUUGGGGCAAGAUUUUGGGCAUAAUUGUAAGUUAUAAAGUUACGUCUAAAUGCACAGUUUAUGCAGAGUAUCAGACCAAUUUCAAUUUGAUUUUGUUCCUUCUAGAAAACAAAGUAUAAAAACAUUUUACUGAUGUUCCAGGAACUAUCUGGAAUCCUACCUAUCCUAAAUUCUGCACUAAAAGUAUAUGUGAGAAGAUGCUAUUUUGUCUUUUUUAAAAAACAAUGUCGUGAAGAAACUAUUUCCCCAAGAGAAGGGAGCUGAAGGGAGGGUUUAGAAGCUUCUAAACUGCCUAAGCAUUUGCUUCACAGCCUCAUAACAGUAGCGUGAUCAGCCCAUAGAGCCUCCUUAAGAGCCAACUAUGGCCUCUCCAGUCAUUUUAUCUGGUUUGUUACAUUUGCAGCAGCUGUACUUUAGAAUAAGCUUUGUGUGACACUUACAUUUGUGUGACCAGAUGUGAUGGUUUCGGUGUUACCUGCCCCCCCUCCCCACUUUAAUCUGGUUCUUCCCACCAAAACAUUCUAACUAGCUUCAAACUAGCACACCAAACCACAAAAAAACUUGUUUGUUUGGGUUGGGAAAAUGGUUGGGUUUUGUUUUGUUAAAUGUCAUUCUGUGUUCCAUUUGUGUAUUUGCUCUAGAUGAAAAUAAAAUCUGUGUGUUUGGGAGUUCAGUGGAACUGUAGGAAGAAAAAAUGAAGCCCACUAUCUGGGCAUGGAUGUUAGGUCUAGAGGGGAAAAUGGACCAAACUUGGGCGUUGGGUUAUUUGGGGAUGGUGGGGGGGUUCUGAGGGCAUAAUUUAAAUUAAUUCAGUCUAAAUAAAUGUGCAAUAAAUGUGCUUUUUUAUUCAAAGCUGUGAAUCUUUAGGGGAAAAAAAAAAAGACACAAAAAAAAUCAACAAAAAAAGGCACAUCAUUCCUCCAUGAGCCUUGUGUCCUACCUGACUUCUGUUCCUCCCCCUCUCCACACUUCUCAUUUGAGAGAAACUUGACAGUGGCUAACUUGCAUCUGCUGGCAACCCAAAUUAAUGUUGCUUUUUUUCCAAUCUCAUUAGGGAUUAGGGACUGCUUCUUGCCAGCCUUGAAAUCCCUUUGGGAUCCAGUGCUGACCUGCGCUGCUCGAGCAGGGUCUGCCACUGUCUGGGACAUGAGGCAGCCCAGCUGUGCAGUUGCCAUUCUGACUGCAAGCACAAAACUCCAGGUGUAACAUCGCUGCCCACCUCAUUUCAGGUGUAGUGAUGGUCUCCUGGGGCUGGGCAGGUGACGUUUUUCUGAAGCAAUUGCAGAAGUAACCAGUCAUCAGCUGCCUACUUAGAUGGCUUUGCCCUUUGCCAAGCCACACAUGCAGGCUGGCCACUGUUGAUUUCUGUGACUGCUUUGUUCUGAAGCAGCAGGAGUACGUGUGUGUCAUCUUUUGUGCGUUCCUUGCGUUGUCUCCUCCUUACUUGAGCGCAGGCUGCUUUUCCUAGAUUAGGAAGGGUGCAGCGGUCUCUGGGGCAGGGGGGUUCCACGAGGAGCACAAUGCAUGCGUUUCAUUUAGGUGCGAUGGAAGGUGUAGCACUCAGUAGUUGGACCCUAUAGGGGGAGUGAGAGAGGACUGGCUUGUUUAAAGUUUAUAGAUACACAGAUCUAUAUCCUUUAAACUUGAUUAUUUUUAUAUAUAUAGUCAAGACAAUGGCAUUACCUCAUCAUACAGAGGCUUGUUUAUGAGAGGCAGAGUUAUCUAACAAGGAGAGGAAAGGGAAAUUUAUAUACAGAUUUGAUUUCUUUUGUUUGUUCCUUAGUGCAAUUAAAUAAAUAUAUGUCCCACCAAUUUACACUCUGUGCUAACACAACAUUCCUUCCAGCUGUGUUGUUUUCUUUUUCUGACCACCAGAGGUUUGUGAGGGGCUUAUGAUGACAAUGUAGAAGGUCCAGUCUGGUUAAAUAAAAAACCCAAUUGUGUUAGUAGAUUUCCAUAGCUGCUUUUAAAAAUCUACAAUGGAGUAAUUGUUUUGAAACUUGUAUUUAUUUUUUAAUUCAUAACGUUUAUUUUUGGUUUCCUCUUACAUAGGUCAUGGCACCUCCCCUUCUUUCCUUCUCAAGUUUCCCCUGUAAUUGCCAAUACAACUUAUUUUUCUUGUUUGUUCCUGCCCCUUUUACUUUUGUUGUCCUUUCAUUUGUACUUGGAGUUUUUCUCAUGUAAAUUUGUACAAUGGGAAAUAUUGUUCAGUUUGGUUAGAGAGCAUGGAGACUUAAGACAUAUUAAAAUUUGAUAGCUGAAUUCAGAUUGAAGAAGACUAUUUCUGUGUAAAGUUAUUUAAAGAACUCUCUGUAUUAUAUAAAAGGCAAAAAGUUCUAUGUACUUGAUGUGAAUAUGAGAAUACUGCUAUAAUAAAGAUUGACUGCAUGGAAAAGUCUGAAGGAAA